AUGCAAGAGGGUGGAAACAAUAAAAGUGGUCAAGUUGAAUAUCUAGAAACUCCCAUCAAAUCGGAGAAUGACGAGAAGGAAUAUAGAGCUAUUAGAUUACCAAAUGGGUUAGAAGUUUUGCUAAUAUCCGAUGAAGAUUCAAAGAAAUGCUCUUCUCAACAUCAAGAAAUGAAAAAUGAAAUGAAGGCAGUAUGUUGCUUAUGUGUGAGAACAGGAACUUUCAAAGAGCCAUCAGGAUUUCCAGGCAUAUCAUUUUUCUUUGAGUAUAUUCUUUUGACUGAAUUCGAAAAACAUUGCCAAAAAUAUGAUUUAAAAACACUUACUUAUAAAUAUGGAGGCAGCUGUGAUUGCUUAUUUGAUUACGACGAAUAUACAUUAUCGUUUAUCUUUGAUAUUCAAGAGAAACACUUUUUAUCAGUUCUCAUUCAUUUUGCUGAAUUUUUCACUAACCCUCUACCGGAAAAAGAUGCAUUUAUGCAGAAUCGAAACAACAUAGAAGACGAAUUUCGGAGAGCUUUAAAUUUAGCCAAAAUCAGAGUUCAUCAACCACAACUUUCCUCCUUUACGCGAACUGAUCAUCCAAUCAAUAAGACUAUUGAGGAUCAUAUUAUAAAAGUGCACGAAAAUUUGGAUUGCACGAAAUUAUAUGAAGAGCUACACAAAUUCAAAGAACGCCAUUAUAAUGCUCACAGAAUAAAGUUGGUUAUACAGGCAAGAUUACCGCUGAAUACAUUGGAACAAUAUGUCACAACUGACACGUGUUUUGUUAAUAUACCAACUAACGAACUAUCUCUGGAUGACUCUACCGAAUUAAUAAAAAAUGAUGUUCUUUUUGAUACCGCCGCUUUUCAAAAAAUGUAUAAAAUUUUUACUUCGAAACAUAUUGGACAACUAGAAAUAACGUGGGCUAUGCCUUCGCUAUUUGCUUUAUAUAAAAGUAAACCAUAUCAAUAUAUUUCAUGGCUUAUUGGACAUGAAGGAAAAGGUUCCCUAAUUAGUUAUUUACGCAAAAAAAUGUGGAAUGUUACCGUUUCUAAUGAGGAAAUUUGUUACAAUAUACAUACUAUCGCGUAUAGCUUAAUCAAGAUUAAUAUAGAUCUCUCUAAUGAAGGAAAACGACAUGUAAAGGAGAUUCUAGAUACGAUAUUUUCCUAUAUCAAUUUGUUAAAAAAGAAAGGUCCGCAGAAAAAAAUUUACGACGAGUUUAAUAAGAGAUCAAAAAAUAUUUUUAGAUAUUUUAAGGAAGAGAAUCCAAGAGAUAAUGUGAGCAGUUUAUGUAUAAAUUUGCAUCAGUAUCCGUCGCGCGAUUAUCUAACUGGAAGCAAGAUUCAUUUUGAAUAUGAUCCAAAAACUAUAACAAAUAUUUUGAAUUAUUUGACGCCUGAGACUGCAAAUAUUAUGAUUUUCAACAAGGACUUUGAUAUGGAAUUAGAUAAAGUCGAUUCAUGGUCGAAAGCAGAGUACACAGAUAUCAAGAUAUCACAGGAAUGGCUCGAACACUGGAAAACCGUCGAGCCAUUACCAGAUUUUCAUUUACCAGAGAAAAAUAUAUGCCUUCAUAUUGAACAUUCUUUAGAUUCAUUGCCAGCAAAAGUUUCAAAAUAUCCUAUAAAAUUAUAUAGUGAUAGUAUAUCAGAAAUUUGGUACCGUCCGGAUCCCAAGUUUCGUUUGCCAAUAUCUUAUAUGUAUACACAUUUUAUUUCUUCCGUAGGACUUCAGUUACCGGAGAAUGCCGCUCUCAUGACAGUGUACUGCAACAUAAUAAAACUGCUAGUGGUGGAAGAAUUAUAUCCAGCUGUAGAAAGUGGGUACACUUAUGACAUCAGUGUUAGUGAGAAAGGAAUUAUAACAAAAAUAUCCGGACCUAUUCCCAUCACAUUAUUGUUAAUUAUAACAAAAUACAUGAUGGACUAUUCAAAUAUUACGAAGCAAAUGUUUGAAAUAAUCAAAGAUCAACAAAUUGCUAUCUAUAACGACAUAUUUACUAAACCAGAGGAACUCGCUAAGGAUAUGAAAUUAUGGAUACUAAAGUUAGUCCAUUGUACAUACGUAGAUAUGCACAAUGCUCUACGAAAUGUCAAUUUUGAAGAAUUCCAAAGUUUUGCAAAAUUUUUUACCAAUCGUCUAUACAUUCAAUGUCUUAUGCAAGGCAAUAUAACGGAAGAUUCUGCGAUCGAAUUUAUAUAUAAGUGUGUUUCAACACUUAAAUGUGACUCUUUACAUUCUAGUAUGAUGCAACCAAAUAGAGUCUUUCAGUUACCCUUGGGCACAAGUUAUUGUAAAUUGAAAAAUAUCAGUAAACAUGAUCCAACUUCCGUUGUGAUAAAUACUUAUCAAAUUGAUGCCACGUCAAUUGAGUUAUCAGUGUUAAUGAGACUAAUGAUCAUGAUAAUGGAAAAACAAUUGUCACUAAAAUGUCGAUCAAUCCAAAAUAAUUUUAUACAACAUAUUUCAUGCGACUAUAUGGAUGUCGAUGGAAUUUUAGAAUAUUCUAUUAGUGCCACUCAAUCAGUGGCAAAUAAAUCACAGACAACUGAGCUUAUUAAGGAAUGCAUCGAUAGAUUUCUGGAUUUUUUAAAAGAAGUUUUGGAUGAAUUCUCAGAAAAUGAUUUAGAUAAUGUUAAGGAAAGAUUAAGAAUAUUUAAGCAACAUGCUGAUAUAAAUAUUGAAGAAGAAAUUAAUAGAAACUGGUAUGAGAUUAUGAAGUGUCAAUACAUAUUUGACAGACACGAGAGAGAAAUAUUUGCAUUAAACAACAUAAAAAUAAACGAACUAAGAGAAUGGUUUAAUAAGUACAUGUGGAACGAAAAUUAUAUGAAAAAAUUGAGUAUACAUGUUAUAGGAACUGAUUCUAACGAAACGCAAUCCAUUACUUUGAAAUAUAUACUCGAUGAACAUCAAUAUAAGAACAUUGAAGAAAAUUAUAUUAUUAAAGUAGAAGAAUACAAGAAAAAACUUUUUGUUUAUCCAGUAACUGAGAGACAAUCGAUUUAUGGUGCAGAAUAA